AAAUGAAAGCCGAGCUCCAAGGUAUUUUGGGAAGCGGUUCCAGGCAGGGAGUAUAAAUUGAGCGGCGACGGGAGGGAAUCGCUCAGCCAGUUAGCCGCGCUCUUCUUCCUCGUUCCUGCUAAAACCCUAAUUCCUCUGUCAGCCUCUUGGAGACAAUUGACAAUGGCUUUCUGCAACAAGGUUGGAAAUCUUUUGAAGCAGAGUAUUUCCCAAAACGGGCCUGCUUCUAUGCUUAACUCUAUUCGAUGCAUGGCGACCUCAACUAAGCUAUUUGUAGGAGGUCUUUCUUAUGGAACGGAUGACCACUCUCUUAAGGAUGCGUUCUCAAGCUUUGGUGACGUGGUUGAAGCCAGGGUAAUAACAGACAGAGAUUCAGGAAGAUCUAGGGGUUUUGGAUUUGUCAAUUUCUCCAGCGGUGAAUCUGCCAGCUCAGCAUUGUCAGCCAUGGACGGUCAGGAGCUUCAUGGACGGAAUAUCCGUGUAAGCUAUGCAAAUGAGAGACCCAGUGGCAACCGAGGUUUAGGCGGUGGCAACUUUAGUGGCGGUUAUGGUAGCAGAGCUGACGGAGAUGGCGGCUUUUGAGCAGUUACUUCCAUUUUCAGCUUUUACUUGCUCUGAUCAAGGUUACUUAACAUUUGAAUAGCUGUGCUAGUUUUUGGAUCUGGUGGUUUGGAUUUCUUCAUAGCUAAUGUGUUGUUGUCUUGUGCGCAAUUUGCGAAUUUGUUCCAAGUUCGUAUAGCUACUAAAUAAUUUGUUGUUUGUUGCA